AUGGACAAAUACCAGAAAAUCGAGAAACUCGGUGAAGGCACAUACGGUAUCGUGUAUAAGGCCCAGAACCGAGAGACAAACGAUGUAGUCGCCCUCAAGCGCAUCCGUCUCGACAAUGAGGAAGAAGGCGUGCCAUGUACAGCCAUCCGCGAGAUCUCCUUGCUCAAAGAGCUUAAGCAUGCCAACAUCGUCCGGUUGUACGACGUGCUGCAUACGGAAAAGAAGCUGACGCUGGUCUUUGAAUUCCUGGACUCGGAUCUGAAGAAGUUUCUGGAUACCUACAGCGGAGAUAUCGAUGUCUUGACGAUAAAGCAAUUGAUGUACCAACUGUUGAGAGGAAUCGCCUACUGCCACGAACACCGAGUCUUGCAUCGAGACUUGAAGCCGCAGAAUUUGUUAAUCAACAAGAAGGGCGACUUGAAGCUGGGCGAUUUUGGACUGGCGCGCGCAUUUGGAAUUCCUGUCAGGAGUUAUUCUCACGAGCAAUAUUCCACGUCGAUCGACAUUUGGUCCGCAGGAUGCAUCUUUGCAGAAAUGGCAUCAGGAAGACCAUUGUUCCCAGGAAGUUCAGUCAAGGAUCAGUUGCUCAAGAUUUUCAAGAUCUUGGGAACACCCACGGAAGAGACAUGGCCAGGAUUGUCAAAACUGCCCGAGUAUCGACCCGAUUUCCCCAUGUACAAACCUGUUCCUUUGGUCAACCUCGUUCCCAAGUUGGAUGGUCCAGGUGUCGAUCUUUUGAGCCGCCUUAUUACGUAUAACCCAGAGCGGAGGAUAACAGCUGAGGCGUCUCUUGCUCAUCCAUACUUUGACGAGGUCAGGAGACGCGAAGGUCAAAGUAAUGCCUAG